UGGUGUCGACACUCCAUACUCCAUAGCCGAGGAUUAAACAAAAGCCGGCAUAAAUCCGCAACAAGCUAUUUAGCUUUAAAAAAAAAAAAAAAAGCAAACAUCAAAACCAAUUUCGAUUGCAUCAACAAUUCUCUCCCGCGUUACGAUCUCAGAUAAAUAGAUUCAUGGGGGCUUUCAAAUUUCAGUUAUCUGCCAAUUCUUGCAUUUAUUUGCUAUGUAUGAUCUCUCCUAGUUUAAUGCUACUCAACAUGCACAUUUCACGUCGUUCUUGCUUAACGCACACUCCUGUCUGAGAAACUAGUGUCGUGUUUGCCCUGUUUUGACCGACGCCCUCUUCGCAAAAAUCAAGAUUUUGACCAUUUCUGCAUCGCCCAUGUUUCAAUUUUUCUUAGGAAAAAAAACCCUUUCCCUCUUCCGAUUUCUCUCAGUGCGUGUUUGUGUGUGUGUUCUUGCUAUGGAUGGAAAUUGUUUUAUUGAAGUAGAUGUCAAUGGAGAAGAGGUUUUCGUGGUUGAUAAGAGAAUUAUAUCGGCCUAUUCAGAGAGGAUACGUAAGUUUCUCUGUAAACUAAGAGAUGCAACGGGAAAUCUGAAGGUUAUAUUCCACAGAUUUCCUGGAGGCGUGGAGGGUUUUGAGCUUAUUGCGAGGUUCUGCUACAAUAAAGGGAAGAGCAGCAUCAACGCCUCCAAUAUCUUCCCCCUCGCCUCAGCUGCAGACUAUAUGGAGAUGAACAAAUUAGUUGAUGGAGGAGAGAAUCUUUGUGAGCAGAUUGAGGCGUCGUUGGAAGAGAUCAAGUAUUGGAGAUGGUCAGAGGUUGUGAUGGCGUUGAAACAGUGUGAACACCAAUGCGUUGGAGGUGUUUCCUUGGCUGUGCACGAUAAGUUGUUGAGCUCUCUCGUUCGGAGGAUCGUUUCUUGCUCUGAGACGAGCCCCUCUCCAUCAGCUUCCUCAUCGGAUAACUCGUGCGAUACUAGAAGCUCAGAGAGCUUCAAGAGCAGCUCUGCUCGAGCAAUGUGGUGGUUUGAUGAGCUCGUAGUGUUGGACGCCCGUGUGAUUGAGAUGGUGGUGAAGUUGAUGGUGUGCAGAAACAUUGACAGUGCACUGAUCAGUAGGUUUCUGUUUCACUACCAGAAAUUGAGAUCUGCAUCGGCCUCAUGUGGUGAGAGGGUUCGACUCGUUGAAGCAGUGGUCGAGAUGCUUGGGAUUUUGGAUGUGCGUUGUGUCUCCUGCAAGAGUUUGUUUGAGCUCCUGAGGGUUGCGGUGAAGCUGAGGGUGAGCCGGCAGAGUAGGAACAAGGUUGAGAGCGCGAUUGGCUCGUUGCUGGAUCAAGCGAUGCUCGAUGAUCUGCUCAUUCCAUCUUCACCAUCGAGGUGCUACUUGUAUAAUGUGAAUUUGGUGUUAAGUUUCUUGAAAUCAUUUCUUGGAAAGGGGGUUGGUUUGGUUGAGUCGAUCCGGGUGGCACACGUUGCAAAGUUGAUUGACUCGUAUCUAGCUGAGAUCGCGCCUGAUCCGUGCUUGAAGCCGUCGAAAUUCUUGGCUGUGAUCAGGGGGCUUCCUGACUCAGCUAGGGACUCUUUCAAUGGAGUGUAUCAUGCUGUAAAUUUAUAUCUUGAGGUGCACCCUGGCUUGUCGGAGGAGGAAAGGUGGAGACUCUGCUGCAGCAUCAGCUACGAGAAGCUGUCGCCACCAGUGUUGAGCCAUCUCACUGAGAAUGCUCGUUUUCCAUCGGAGCACGUGGCUCUUACGCUCGUCUUCCAGCGAAACAAGGACGAAGAAGUAUCUAACCUUGAAGGAGGGAGAGUGAAGGGUUGUGGUGAGGUCUUGGUAUGCAUGAAAAUGCAGCCUCAAAUUGUAAAGAUGAGGAAAUCAAGAAUUUCUAGGCUUGUUUAUGGUAGAUCUUUGCCCUUGUUGUGCUCAUAGAUUUGCAAUUUAAUAUUGUUGUUGAUUUGGUUAGUUUCUUGUACAUCCAAUUCCAAACAUAAGAGUGAGAAAUGGCUUAAUAUCGAUUUUGUUUUUUUAGGAGCA